AGGUCAACAAGGAGUCGCUCUCGAAGCACUACAUCGGGCUGCACAACGAGAGCACGUUCAAGAAGACGGCAAAGGCGGGCGCGUUCGUCUGCUUCAAGCCCGCCACCGGCUGGGGAGGCGAGUUCUUCAUCGCGGACGGCGAGGCAAUCUUCCGCGAUCUCGACCCCGAGGUGCUCCGCGAGAUCGUGAGGCGGAAGGUCCGCAUCUCGGUGUCGAAUCUCGACUUCGAUUUGCUCGACAAGCUGCCGCCGCCGCAAAAGGAGGCGGCGAUGCGCAAGCUCGAGCAGAUGGUUGCGGACGGCGUCGCGCCAAAGUUCGACAUGGACCUGGAGAUGCUCUGGGGGACGGACGGGCGCGCGAUGCGGCUGCAGGCCGUGCAGAACGCGCAGUCUCCGGUCAACCGCCACCCCGCCACCGGCCGGCCGGCGUGGUUCUGCAACCUGCACAACCAGGCGCGCUUCCUGCGCGAGCGGAGGCCGUGCGGCACGCCCGAGGUUGGCAUGACCGACAUCUACUUUGGCGACCUCUCGCUCAUCCCCGGCGGGAUGCUGCAGCACAUCAACGAGGCGGGAUGCUGCAGCACAUCAACGAGGCGAGAUGCUGCAGCACAUCAACGAGGCGAGAUGCUGCAGCACAUCAACGAGGCGAGAUGCUGCAGCACAUCAACGAGGCGAGAUGCUGCAGCACAUCAACGAGGCGAGAUGCUGCAGCACAUCAACGAGGUGUCCGAGAAGAACAUCGUCACCGUGCCGAUGCAGCCCGGCGAGGUGCUGCUCUGCGACAACUACCGCGUGCUGCACGGGCGUGACAUCUUCGACGGCGACCGUCUGCACGCCGUCUCCUGGUUCGGCGACGAGAAGCUGGAGGACGACAGCGGCCAACAAGCCGGGCGACCUGCUCAACGUCGUGCUCAACUCGGCCUUCUGAGGGGGGCGCAGCCAGCUAGUGGGGGGGCGGUACGCCAAACGCCAUGCACAUGCAGCAUGGGCUCGAGGCCGAGCGUGGAACAGUGUUCUCGGUGAAACACUUGAGUCACUGAGUUUCUGGCCGCUAGAUAGCGAGUGACGGGCGCUGAGAUGGACGGCCGGGCUGGUGGACCUCCCUUCGUUGUGACAGCACACGGACGAUUAGAGUCGAUACACGCACACGCACAAAUUAU